UUUAACACAAGCAUUCUGAGAGGCGUUAUUUAAACCAACUUCCUCAUUUUUAACAUUAUAACUGUUAGUCCUUAGGCUAGACAACGGCACAGUUAAUGUCACCAAUUACAACGAUUGCUCGGGGAGUUAAUGAUUAAACUUAGUUUUAAUUAGGCACGUGUCGCUCUUCUGGUGCAGGUGAAGGCACAGCCGAAGAAGUGUGGUCUAAAGGAGAACGAUGAGUGAAUCUGAUACAGCAGGUUCUGUGCGCAGUGACACUUCAACUCAAGACGACCAUGAGGAUGAAUUGGAAUUAUUGGGGUGGUUCCACCAUGACCUCUCCCGACACGCCACGGAGGCCCUUCUCCUCUCCAACGGGAAGGACGGGAGCUACCUCCUCCGGAAGAGCCAUGAAGGUCCCAACUCCUACGCUCUUUCUGUCAGAGCAAAAGAUUCUGUCAAACACUUUCAGGUCACACGGUCUGGCACCACUUACACCUUUGGGUUUAAUGAGUUCCAAUCAAUUAAAGAGUUUGUCAGCCACUUUGCUAACCAGCCCCUUUUAGGGAGUGAAACUGGAACUAUUAUUGUACUGAAAUGUCCCUAUCCCAGAGAAGUGGAGGAGCCAUCUAUUUAUGAGUCUGUGCGCGUCCACACAGCCAUGCAAAGCGGGCGCACAGAGAAUGACCUAGUUGCCAACGCUGCCUCGCUGGGGACAAAGGAGGGCCAUCUUAUGAAGCAAGGAGCAAUAAUCAAGAACUGGAAAACUAGAUGGUUUACGUUGAAUAGAAAUGAACUAAAAUAUUUCAAAGAUAAAAUGUGUGUAGAGCCAAUUCGUACUUUAGAUUUAAUGGAAUGUACAGGCGUGCAGUUUGAUUACUCUCAAGAAAAAGUCAAUUGUUUUUGUUUAGUAUUUCCGGAGAGAACAUUUUAUCUGUGUGGAAAGACAGGCGUGGAAACUGAUGAGUGGAUCAAGAUUUUACGAUGGAAAUUGGCGCAAAUUAAGAAAAGCAGAUGACCCAACAUACCAAAAUAAUUUAUUCCGAUUCUGCCGAGAUAAACAGUGCACUGAAGACGUUUUGCUAACAGUGUGAAUAUGACAAGUCUGUUGUACUUGUGAAGAUGAUGAAAGGGACUUUUGCAGUUUCUUUCCUGUGCCGUUUCUUUGAUUUUUUUUUUUUAAAUGAAUUGUUGUUUCUAAGAGUUAACAAAGCCAACUAAUGAAGAAGAUUUAAUGACAACUGGAUUUGUUAUUUAUAUUAUUCUUUGAACUUGGAGUGAAGACACUGCGAAUUAGUUUUCUACAAACACUCAUCGUAAGGUUAAAACAUGGAACAAAAGUAUACAACACCAUCUGUUAAAACUAAACACAUGAACUAAAUAUAUAUCAACAAUCUAACAAGUCCUUUACUGGGUUGACCCAAUUUUGUCAAAAUACACCACAAAGUCAUACAUGAUGUGAAUGUGACACGUAAUUUGGCAGGAUAAAGUGAGUGGAAGAAAAACACAAACAGAUGUGACAGGCAUCGAUAACUUUAAAUAGUUGAUCCUAAAGUUUACAGUAAUAUUAAAAAAUAAUAUUUAAAAAAAAAAAAAA